UGAGAUUUGUGUGAGGUGGGCUGCACUUUCAUUGGAGCUGUCAUGAUACUUUUUACCGUUACUUGAGGACUAACGAACACCGUCCUGCAUCUGACCUGCUCUUGGACUUCACGCGCUGAAGGAGAAUCAGUAAGAAGUAAAACCACCGGGGCUCUUGCGGUCCGUCCUCGUCAGAGAAAAAUACACACAUACAGAGACUGAUGCGGGACUCGCUGCGUGGGUCUGUCCGGUGAGACUCCGCUUGGAUUUUAAACCGACAUGGUGGGUUAACGUUUGAGUGAUACGGAGACCGUCCGGUAAAUUCCUGACAGGAGCAAUGAAUGAUUUUUACUCGCGGUGCGCGUGAGUGAAAACGCUCGCGUAACUGUUGCUGUGAACGGCCGUCUGCUGGAACAUGAGGAGAGGAAAUAACUGAAACAAACUGCCCACGCAGACGGAGAUGGAAGGAGAGAAAAGCUGUGAGGCAGAGAGAAGCAGAGACAGAGAGAGAGAGAGAGAGAGAGAGAGAGAACAGCUGGAGAGAGACCAAGAUGGACAGACUCACUGGAAGUAAGGUGGGUUGGCAGUAGGCAGUAACUGAAGAUGAGGAGGCGCUGGUGGCGAUCGGGCUGUCUGGGGUUGGCGAUUGGCUUGUUUGUUAUCAUCACCCAAAUCUCAGCUCAAAACACUGAGGACUGGCACUAUGAGGAGUGUAAGUUGUCACGGUCGGGUCCACCUGCCACAAUUGUCACCAUUGAUGAGGAAAGUCCAAAUGGAACCGUUCUGGUAGAAAACAUGCAGAUCAACGGUCGCGCUCAGGAUCCAGAUAGAACCAUCUCCUUGACGCUACUGGACAACUACGAUUACUGGGUUAUCCUUGACCCUGCGCUGCAGAGACUGUAUCUCAACAGCACCGGACGAGUGUUGGACCGAGACCCACCCAGUUACAUCACCACCAUCGUGGUUCAGGUUCAGUGCACCAAUGAGCUGGUGGGAACGGUUAUUCUGCACGAAGUACGGAUAGUGGUGAGGGACAGAAAUGACAACACGCCUCGUUUCCAGCAGCCUCGUUACUAUGUAUCAGUUAAUGAGCUCACUCCUGUCGGUACCACCAUCUUCACCGGCUUCUCAGGAAACAAUGGAGCCACGGACAUCGAUGACGGACCAAAUGGACAGAUCGAAUACGCCAUUCGGUACAACCCAAAUGACCCGAUGUCAAACAGGACCGUGCGUGUUUCCGGGACGCUGUCUGGUAAUAUUGUUUUGGGCGAGCGGCUGAACUAUGAGGAGAGAACUCGCUAUCUAAUUAUAGUCCAGGCCAAUGAUCGGGCUCCGUAUCCGGGAACUCGUCGCACAGCAACCACUACUCUAACUCUGGAUGUCUCGGAUGGAGAUGAUCUGGGUCCCAUGUUCCUCCCUUGUGUUCUGGUCAACAACACACAGGACUGUAACCCCAUCACAUACCGUGUGGCUAUUCCUGAGCUCACUGACCCGAGCAAACUGAACCCUCUGAAUGUGACACCUCCCAUUCGAGCCAUCGACCAGGACAGAAACAUCCAGCCACCCUCAGACAGACCGGGAAUCCUGUAUUUCAUACUGGUUGGUCAACCUGCUACGUACCCAGAAUUCUUCUCACUCAACAGGAGCACGGCUGAGCUGCGACUGCUGAAGCCUGUGGACAGAGAGCUGUACCAGCGCUUCAAUCUCGUUAUUAAGGCCGAGCAGGAUAACGGUCACCCUCUUCCUGCAUACACUGACCUGCAGAUUGAAAUUCUGGAUGAGAACAACCAGGAGCCAUAUUUCCAGCGCUCCUCAUACCAGGGGUUCAUCAGUGAGUCUGCCUCGGUUGGCACCACCAUCUCAGGGAGUGCCAACCUCACGGCCCCGCUGGGCAUCAUCGCACUGGACAAUGACAUAGAAGAGACAAAAGAUCCUCAGUUGAAGAUCACUCUGAAUGACUACACGUCCAUCUUCUCCAUCACGUCUGCUGGUAUCACACGCUACCUUACUCUACUGAAACCAGUGGACCGAGAGAUACAGACCAACUACACUUUAACGCUGGUGGUAUCUGAUGGUGUUCAACAGAGCAGACCCGUGACGGUGGACAUCCUGGUCAUCGAUGCGAAUGACAACACACCCACUUUCAGUCAGGUGUCCUACAGUGUGGAGAUCUUCACUAACAUGCUGCCCGGAGAGACCGUCCUGCAGCUGACAGCUCAGGACGCUGACGCUGGUUUAAAUGGCCUCAUCACAUACGCCAUCCUGGCUGGAGAUCAAGGUGAUUUCAUCAUCAACAAUCGCACAGGACGAAUCACGUUAGCACCAGGGGUCACGCUGACCGUCGGCCGUUCCUACGCACUGACCGUCAGAGCAUCAGACAAUGCUCCUGACACAGAGAGGAGGAGCUCCAUAACUACGGUCUACAUAGAGGUACUGCCACCCAACAAUCAGAGUCCACCACGAUUCCCCCUACAGACCUACAACCUGGAGAUCAGCGAGGCCAUGAGGAUAGGAGCCAUACUGCUGAAUCUGCAGGCUACAGACCGUGAGCUGGAUCCCAUCACCUACCAGAUACAAAGCGGUGACCCGCAGCAGGUCUUCAACCUUUCACGAACUAUAGGUCUUCUGCUGCUGGCCAAACCUCUGGACAGAGAGACCGUUGACCAGUAUCGCCUCAUCGUCACGGCAUCUGACGGCCACCCAGGAGGGAUUUCCACGGCCACUGUCAGCAUUGUCAUCACAGACGUUAAUGACAACGACCCCAGCUUCGACCUCACUCUACCUAGAAACUUGACUGUGAGGGAGGAAGAGGCCAAUGUGUUUGUCGGUCAAGUCAGGGCCACCGAUCCUGAUGCCGGGCUCAACGGUCAGGUCCGGUACCGUUUGCUCUCCUUUGCGUCUCUCUUUGCCAUAAACGCCACGGGCAGCAUCUUCACUGUGGUUCCGCUGGACCGAGAGACUCGGAGCCGGUACGAUCUGAUCGUGGAGGCGUCAGAUGGAGCGGUGGACCCUCGCAGGACCACCAUCACACUGCUGGUGGAGGUGACAGACAUCAAUGACAACAGCCCUGUGUUUUCCCAGCCCAUCUACACCGUCAAUGUCCCAGAAAACACCCCGGCUGGAACCGUCAUCCUGAGACUCAGUGCGGUGGAUGCUGAUCUCGUCUCUAACGUGACCUACAGAAUAAAAACAGAAGCGGCUCGGCAGCUCUUCGCCGUGAACCGUCUGACCGGCGCCGUAUCAGUCCUGCAGGCGUUAGACUUUGAGGACUUGGCAGCAAGCAACAGCACCUACACGUUUGAAGUGGAGGCGUUAGAUCACGGAGGAGUCCUCCCUCCUGGAACGGCCACAGUCAUCGUUAGAAUCACGGAUGUGAAUGACUUCUCCCCGGUCUUCAGACAGGCACUUUAUAAAGGGCUGGUGGCUCCAAAUGCAGAGAAAGGGACAGUCAUCACAACUGUGCUUGCAGAUGAUCAGGACCCUCCAGGUACUCCUGCCAGUAAAGUGCGCUACAGAGUGGAUCAGGAUCUGUCUCCGUACAGCGGAAGUAUCUUUGAUGUGGAGACGGACACAGGACGAGUUAUCACCAAAGUCAACCUGAACGAGCAGCCCACCACCGUCUUCAGGCUGGUGGUCAUCGCCUAUGACGAUGGAGAGCCAGUGAAGACGAACAGAACUACAGUGGAAAUCACUGUGCUGCAGCCCUCCAGGAUUCCCAUCUUCACUGAGGAAGAGUACAGGUUUAGUCCAGUGAGCGAGAGCGCUCCUGUCAGGACUCCUGUUGGAAUGAUUCUGGCCGCAGCUGUCAACACCACUGUCUUUUACUCCAUAGUGAGCGGAAAUGAAGGAGGUGAGUUCAUGGUCAAUAACCGCACAGGGAUCAUCUACACAAAUAAACUUCUGGACUACGAGAGCGUGACCAGUUAUGUGCUCCGCGUGCAGGCAGACUCCCUCGCUGUCAUCCUCGCCAAUCUACGCGUUCCCUCCAAAACGAACACGGCGAAGGUAUUUAUCGACGUGCAGGAUGAGAAUGAUCAUCCUCCGGUCUUCACAAGGUCUCUUUACAUCGGAGGAGUGACUGAGGACACUAAGACCUUCACUACAGUACUGAAAGUCGUGGCUACAGAUGUCGACACUGGAAACUACAGUAAGAUGGCCUACAGACUGAUCAUCCCCCCCACACCCGAGGGGCAGGACAGUUUCGUCAUUGAGCCGUACACUGGUGUCAUCAAGAGUGCCAUCAUGUUCAGAAACAUGCGCCGGUCCUACUUCAAGUUUGAGGUCAUCGCCAGAGACAACUAUGGGCAGGGUUUGAGCGGCAGGGCUGAUGUGGUGGUGUCCGUUGUCAAUGCCUUGGACAUGCAGGUUGUGGUCUCUAAUGUGCCGCCCACUGUGGUGGAGGAGAAUAAAGAGCAGCUGAUUAGUAUUUUGGAGCGCUACGUGCAAGAUCAGAUCCCUGGUGCUAAAGUGAUAGUGGAAUCAAUCGGCCCUCGGCGGCAUGGAGAAGGUUAUGAACUUGAGGACUACACCAAAUCAGACCUGCAGGUGUACGCCAUCGACCCUCUCACCAACAGAGCCAUCUCCAGACAAGAGCUCUUCAAGUUCCUGGACGGCAAGAUUCUGGACAUCAAUAAAGAGUUCCAGCCGUACCUGGGCGAGGGUGGGCGGAUUCUGGAGAUCCGUUCUCCUGACAUCGUGGCGAGUGUGAAGAAGGCUGCGCAGGCGGUGGGCUACACAGAGGGGGCUCUGCUGGCGCUGGCCAUCAUCAUCAUUCUGUGCUGCAUCCCUGCUAUUCUCAUCGUCAUGGUGACAUACAAACAGAGGCAGGCCGAGUGUGCCAAAACCGCCCGUAUCCAGAUGGCUCUUCCUGCCGGAAAAUCAACAGGAGGUGGCGCUCCAACCAAUCUCUACGAGGAGCUGGGAGAUGGCGGCAUCAGGCGUGGCUUUGGCAGAGAGCAGCAGCUGUUGAGACCCUCUCUGCUCCGGCCUGAGGCUCUCUCCAUGGAAUCUGGUAUCGACCCUGGACAGGAUUACUAUACCCAAGACUACUAUAGCUACGAUCAAGGGUAUGAUCCCUAUCCACCCUAUGGCAGCCGCAGGAGGCUGAUUACACCCAUGUAUGAUGAGUAUGGAGAGGCCAUCAUGGAGGAUGAAGGAUAUUACUAUGGUGGACCAGAGGGUCAGGCAAGAGGGCGAGGUGGGCGAGGGAGAGGUCGUGGCCGUGGAAAGCGAGUGGGAUUCCAGGAUUUCCCACCAGAGGAUGAAAUUGAACAGGCAGAGCCAGAGGUUCCUACUGAGGAACCAGCAGUGGCUGAAGGUGAAGAAUCCAAAGCUGCAAAGAGGCUGAAGUCCGUCAUGAAGCUCAGCAAGUUGCUCGCUGCUGGGAAGAAAACUGAACCUACCUCCCCAUGGAAGAAGGCCAAGAUCUUCCCGAUGAUGUUUGGGAAAGGGAAGAAAGACAAAGAUUAUGCCAAGCUGACAUCUGCACGGCGUAUCGAUAGUCAAGAGAGCUUGACAGGUGGGACGAGCUCAGUCGCUUCCACUGAUGGCAUGUCCCCUACCAGGAGUCGACUUGGGAAAGUCCUGAAACGCAUUAAUCUAGCGAACAAGCUACAAAUUAGAAGAAAAUCACAGAGCAGCAUCAGUCGCAGUUCUGCAAGUGAGAAGGAUGAGUCUGCAGAGUCAGAGAGAGAUGAGAAGAAAUCGAAAGUGUCCAUCAGUGUCAGCGAGCCAGAAGCCAGCGGGAGUGGAUCAGAGGCAGAGAGCCGAAAGAAAGUCUCGGAUGAGGAGGAAUCGUCUGAGAGGAGCAGUGUAGCAGGCUCCACUGAUGAUAAGGAUUAUUUGAAAGUCGAUCUGGACAGAGAUGAUGCCAAUGAGAGCACAGUUGAUUCUGAAUCAGAGCCAGAAGAACCAGAUGAAUCUGAUGCAGAGAGUAAAUCCAAAUCUGGGACUGAGAAGUCAGGAACCGAAAAGGAUUCCGAGGCAGAGUCAGCAUCUGAGAAAGAAUCCAGAACUGAGAAAGGGUCAGGUUCAGAGGAGGAAUCCGGCUCAGAGGAAGAGUCAGGGUCUGGAAAGACCUCAGGAACAGAAAAAGAGUCUGGAUCUGCGACUGAAAAAUCAGGAACUGAGGAAGAGUCUAGUGCUGAGAAGAGUUCUGCCACAGAAAAGGAGUCAGAGGAAGAAUCUGAAGAGUCUAAAGGAACGGAAGAGUCAGGAUCAGGAUCAGAACCUUCUUCUGCUCGCUCUUCAAUGAAAUCAUCUCGUACUGAGGGUUCCUCAGAGGGUUCGAGUGCAGGAACGAAGAGCAGCAGAAGUGGGAGUGUUUCCGGAAGUGGUACUCCGAGUGGCAGCGGAUCAGGUGGCAGCUCUAAGGGGUCUUCAAUGAGGUCAUCACAAGCAUCAGUGUCUGGUGAGGAGAGCAGUGGUGAGGUAGGGUCAGUGAGUGGCUCUGAAGAGGCAUCUGGGACAGAAAUGAGCGGAUCUGCUGCAUCGGAUGACGCUGGAUCAGAUGCCGUUUCCAUGUCCGGCAGUGAGAGAAGCUCCACAAGCUCCAGAUCAGCAGGAGGAAGCCGCCGCUCUCGCAAGAGCAUCAUUACCAGAUCCUCCCAGGACACCAUUGAUGAGGAAAGUGAGGAGGAAGAAGAGGCUUCUGAAGAAGAAGAAGAGGACGAGGAGGAGGAUGAAACAGCAGAGAGCAGAGAGUCAGCCAGUGAGAUGAGUGAUGGAUCAGUGUCACGGAGGUCAAGUGUGAUCUCAGCAGCAGAAAGUGCAGGAACACCAUACGCCACAGGGAGCAGUGUUCAGAGUUCAGAUGAGACGUUUGGAGGCCUCUCGCCAAUCACAGAGGUGGAUGAGGAUGCCAUAACCUCUGGCAGUGGCUCAGGAUCUGAGAGCGGCUCUAGGAGUCGCUCAAAGCAGUCGGGAACCGGAGGUACCACAGAAGUAACAGAUGCAGAUACCAACUCUGGAGAUUCUACAGCUUUCUAAACAGGGACCAAGCUGGCAAAAAGAAGCGAAUCAAACUGGUGCUGGACCGAGAGCAUGACACGACUUCAACAGGAGAAGACAGUGGACCGGACGUCCAGCGCAAUCGCAUACCCAACAUCAGCAGCCACAGUAACAUCAACGGAUCAGUGUA